ACGACUUCCUUCUUUUCCACUUUCACUUUGUUUCAUAAAAGUCACCACCGUUCUCAUUUGUUUGUUUGUUGCAAAUGUAGUCAUUUCAUUUCAUUUCAUUUCAUUUCAUUUCAUUUGCUUUUGCUACAAUGGACAGCUACACAUACAGAAGCAGGAAACAAAAACCAUCAUUCUCGUCGACUUUGCUUGACGUCAUCUACCAAUCAGUUGACGAUGAGCAUACAAAAACCACCAGAAAUAGGCAGACCAUUGAAGGUUCAAAGAAUAUCCGCGAUGCGGUUUUUCUAGCUACAGGUUUUGAAACCGGUUCCAGAUAUUAUUCGGAGUUUUCGUCUUCAGAGGCGGACAGAAUAUACGGAUUUCCAACCAGGCUUAAACCUUUACGGACCAGCAUUAAUGAAGAUGGUGAACUGAACACAAACACAAGUAUUUGUCAAAAGCAACUGCACGAGCCGAAAGCGAAAUCCAAAGCUAUGAAGAAGAUCUACCGUUACAUAAAGAAAGGGACGCAUCCGGUUUCACCUGGAGGCCGGUUAGCCAGAUUUCUAACUUCACUUUUCAGUACUACAACAAACACAAAGAAGAAAUCCAAGUCUGGAGAUGAUGAGAUUGUUCAUGCAGAUAGGAAAUCCAAAUUGACGGUCGAUGUUUCGACGCCUUGUUCAUUUUCACAAACGUGUUUAAACCAGACUCGGUCCUCAGUAACGAGGAAUGCAAGGUUUUAUCCCGCGAGCAUGAAUAAUAAUAAUAAUAUCAUUGAUGACGACGAAUACUCUCAGCGUCGUGGACAUAAAUCGGUAAAUGGAGACAGAUCUGAUUCAAUCAACAAAGAGGUUGUUAAUAUGCAUGUGAAGGAUAAAAACCGUCACGUCGAAGAAAGGACGAGGAAUUUGUUGAAGAAUUACCAGAAGAAGGUUGAAUUUGUGUUUGAUUCAAUAAAGAAUAAUGAUGAUGAAGACGACGAUGAAACUUCAAGCUACGCAAGCUCGGAUCUGUUUGAACUGGAUCAUCUUUCUACUAUUGGUAUUGAUCCGUGUAUGCAAGAGUUACCGUUGUAUGAAACAACGAGUGUUGAUGCGAAUCGAGCCAUUGCUAAUGGUCUGUCUCCUUUAGUGUAAUAUCAAAAUUUGUUAUAAUACUUAGUUGUUAAAAGGUGUAAAAGAAAUUGAACGUUGAGAAAGAAAAGUCUUGUUUGUUCAUAUAGAGUAUGUAUGUAUGUACGUAUUAUUCAGUGACAUAUUUUCAAUACUCGGAAAUAAUUAUAAA